AUGUCGAGGAAUUUCUCAACGGGAUCAACCAAGUCGAGACCCUCUGCUAUCUCCACGAAAUCCUUCACUCGUUACGAGCCUCCUGCUCCCUCGUCCCCCGCUGGUAGAAAUAGAGCUAGCACCAUCCAAGCCGUCACAUCUCUGAAAUCUCCCAAAAAGCAGGACUCUUCACCAGAGGACAUAUUUGAAAAGCCUAUAAAUGAAGAAGAUGAACCUCCAUCCCCGGACCUGGGGCGGGCCAACAGCCUUCCAGAUCGCUUCGACGAGUUGCCCAUAGAAUUGGCAAGCCUGACCGACAGAUUCAUUGAGUCCCUCAGUGCUAAGAUAUACAAUGAACCGCCGACGAUCGACCAGUUGUCAGAACUAUUUCAGGAAUUCUAUGCUCGAGCAUCCGGAGCAAUCUCCAUUCACAUUUCGGCCCUCAAGUCCCGCAUCCACCGAGACCAGUCACCGACACCUUCCAAGCCCUCCUCACGCUCCAAACCUCUGCAAAACAAGCCUUCGAGUGAUUCUCUGGCGCCAGUGGACCAAAGAGGAGGCUCUCAGCAGAUGUUGACGGCUUCCGAGGUCACAGAGAGACGCAAGCAGAGGAAACUGCUAGAGUACAAAAGGAUUGUCCUGGAGGAGGCGGUGGAGAAAAGAGUAUGCGAGAAGGUUUAUGACAAAAUAUGGAGACACAAAAGUACUCUGGAUGAGGUCAGAGACGAGAAGCUAAGAUCAAAAACAGCAGCAUUAGCAUUGGUAGGGAUAGGCCUAAAGGACCUGGGUAUUGAUUGGAACGAAGACACUGAAAAGUCGGCCGAAGAUGUCCAAGCCUCGCUGGCUCCUGCGCGAGAGAGCCUGGCUAAGAUGAACGAAGAGCACUAUCCGCUGGGAAAAUUGCAGCACCUCACAACCGCCCAUAAAGCUGUGGUUGAUACUCUUUACUCAAUACACCCUUCCUCAUCUUCGGCCGACGAGAUCCUGCCAACCCUGAUUUACACAUUGAUCACAUCACCAGUGGAAGGUAUCAACAUAAUUAGCAACCUUUAUUUCAUACAGCGGUUCAGAGCAGCACCAAAAAUCGAUGGCGAGGCCGCCUACUGCCUCACGAAUCUGGAGGCCGCGAUUACUUUCCUAGAAGAUGUCGACCUGGCGAGCCUGAGGGCAGACGAAUUGCCAGAAGGCCCUAAGAAGAUUCCAUCCCAACUAGAAGGAGAUGGGAGUUUGGAUAAGCUUGAAGAAUUUCCCUUAUUGCCUGAAUCGGUCCCUGCUUCCGCGUCUCCUACCACAGCGACCUCUACUUCGAACGCUACGGGCACAUCAAUCAAAUCAGGUCAAACUUCCUCGGUCGUCAAAACUCUUUCCGAAAACUCCACGUCCACUCCUGCUACACGACAUCAACGCACGUUCUCUGACCUUCUUCAGCCUAUAAGUAGUGCGAAUGAAGCCGUUCGUUCCACGGCAGAAGAAGGCUUCAAGAAUAUUUCCAGUAGCCUGGAUAACAGCUUCAAAUUUCUCCUUGGGAAAUUGAAGGAACGAGGCAGUGAAGGUCCCAACACUGAAGUCAUCCUUCCCAAGACGCUGGACGAAGCGAGACAACUCGUCAAUCGACCUUUGACUCCGGAUGAAGACGAUCACGCGUUGAGCGAGUCAAGCUCCGUGCAUGACGGACAGUCUGGCUCCAUUCCCUCUAACCUGACAAAGACUGAAGAGAAAUUACUUGGCUUACUAGGAGGCCGAAAAGCAGCUGUACGGGAGCGAAGUGUGGAUAGCACUCAGAGCAAUGGAAGCGGUACCGGGAAACGAAUGAGCUUUCUUUCAGGAACCACGAACUCGCCCCCUAAUGGCCCUGCUACAACAAUAGCAGGCGGUCCUCCCCAAAAGCCCACAACACCAGCAACACAACUAGCGACCACCAAUCCUCUUGAGACAGUAAAGAAUUUCGGCAACAGUCUCAAUCCAAUGAGCCAUAUAGGCUCUGCGUUUGGAGGCGCUUUUGGACGAUUUGGUGGCAGAACAGCUACUGCAUCGGCUUCUCCACCUGCCGCACAGACUCCUCCUACGCCGACGAUAGUUGUGGCACAGGAGAACAAGGAAGACUCGACAGAGGAGAAAAAUAAGCCAAUCCGCGAAGCCGCCUUGCGGUUGCCAGACAACGAUGAAUUGGUGACCAUUAAGGCCGCACCACCUAUCACAAGAUUCAUGAAGGUGGUGGAUGCGAAAGAAUUAAGGCUUGGUGAGGUGCAAGAACUCCUUGCAGAUUACCAGCGACUUGCAAAGGUGCUGGGAAAGCUGGUGACGAAAGCUCAGGACGAUGCUGAGACGGACACAGGCGAAGCAAGUGACACUGCUGAGGCUGGGCAGCAGUCAACCGCAAGCGAGAAGAGCAAAACUUGA